CGCGAGGGGGCGUUACUGGAAUCCGCGUGGCCCCGCCCCCUCUCUGAAGGUGUGUGUUUCUGAGUGUGAGAGCGAGCGCUCGGAGCAGUGUGCUGUAGUGAGCUGCUUCAGUGUGUUUUAGUGUGUUUCGGUGUUUUUGAGGAGCGGACACAGCGCGGGCUUCACUGGGAGCUGGGAUUAGGGAUCGAGUCCAGUCUUUUGGAGUUGUUUGUAUACUUUUUUUCAGCCACUAAAGGAAGUAAAAGAAGAGUUUUGGAGCGUUUUGCGAUUUUCUGACCUCCUCCUUCAGCUCAGCUCCAGGGAUUUCCACCGCAUCUUCAGCUGAAGUGAUCUGGUUGGGAAAGGCUGAAAGUUCUGCUACUGGUGCUGCUUGUGGUCGACGCGGCGCGCUGUGCACGCAUGGGGUGCUUUGCCUGAGCCGCCGCGUGCGUGUGCUGUUCUCCCCCCUCCUGCUCCCCCCCCCCCCCCGUCCCGCAGGGGGGAAUGGUCGACCGCAUGAUGGCUAUGAACCAUGGCCGAUUCCCUGAAGCCGUGAACGGUCUCCACCAGCACCAUCACCCCCACCCGCAGCAGCAGCAGCAGCAGCGCAGGAUGGGCAUGGGGCAGUUCUCCAGCCCCCUCCAGCCGCAGCAGCAGCAGCACGGCUACAGUAACGGCAUGCUGGAGCCCAUGCACUACAGCAGCGGCGCUGGAAGCCACGGGCUCCGGCACCCGGGCGGCAGCGUGGCGGUUCCCGCGCGCUUCGCCUCUCAGUUCGUGGCCACCGGCGGUCAGGGGCAGCUGGCGGCGAGCAUGCAGCUGCAGAAGCUGAACACACAGUACUACACCCAGCACCACCCGCACCACCACCCGCAGCAGCCCCAGCCCCAACCCCAGCAGCACCUCCUCCACUACCCGCACGAGCUGCAGGGCGGGUUCCGGGACGGCGGGGCCAGGCUCGGGGCGGCGGGCAGGGAGCCCCCGCAGCUCCCCGCCGCGCACAGCGUCAUCGACACGGACCUGAUCGACGAGGAGGUGCUGAUGGCGCUGGUGGUGGAGAUGGGACUGGACAGGAUAAAGGAGCUGCCCGAGCUGUGGCUGGGCCAGAACGAGUUCGACUUCAUGACGGACUUUGUGUGCAAACAGCAGCCCAGCCGAGUCAGCUGCUAAUAUACCACCACUGACACACCACUACUACCACUGCAGAGGGGGCUUUUAUAAAGCUGCUUAUUUCAUUUCUCAUAACUGACCGAAACCCUGGAGCUUCUGUGAUUUAUGAUUGUUUUUCCCUCUUUUGUUUUAUUUAUGGACACUAUUUUGUUUCACAUUUUCUUUUAUUUAAACUUGACAUUCCAUUUUAUUUUGUAUAGUCAUUUUUCUUUUAUUUUGUUUUCUUUUGUUAUUUUUCUUUCUUGACAUUUUUUUAAGGAAAAAUCCACUACAGCAACCACAACAAGAAGGGGCCAGAUGGGGAUUGAACUUUUUUCUUUUCUAUUCUGAACGAGCCCAUGUUGUAGAUGAUGGUUGGUGAUAAUGAGUGUGUUUAGCAUAAGGGGUGCAUGCCUGAAACACUUUUCCUUGGCUGAGUGACACCCCCAAUAGGUCAUGCAGAACACCACAUGAUUUUUUUUUUGACACAGAGUCUGCAGGACACGUGGAGAAGACAAUGGAAGCCUAGAACCCAUGAGCUGUUUGUUCAGCAUCUUUUGAUUUGUAGCAGAGACAAGAUACCAACUUGUGCAUUCUGGUCAAAUCCUUCAGUUUCCUGUGUUAUUUAAAGCUGUUGAUCGGAAGACCUGAGUGAGAUCAAACUCGUGUGGAUGCAUCACUAUGUAGGUGGUUAUGUAUCAUGAUUGUAGACCAGUAUAUAGUGUAAUUGUCCCCAUUCAGCAAUGUGCUGUAAACUUCAGUGGCCAUAAUAUUUACACAAUAUCUAUGCUGUUGAGAGACCAUGGGUGGAAGCUUUGAACCAUUAACAUUCUUCCCUACAGCUUCCUGAUCGUCUGAUCUAUCAGCUAAGAUCAUUCAGAGACCUGUUCCUCCAUAAUUUUACUGAAAAGAAUCAACUGUGGGAGUGAUGUGUGUGUGUGUAGGUGUGUUCUAUGCUUCAUGCUAAAAUUGGUACUAUGGUAUCAAACAGGGAGAGAUAUUUAAGAAGAUAUAGGACAGUAAGUCUUAAGGGAACGGUGGAGAAAAAUGUUGCUGUAUUGAAUAUCCACUGCCCUGUUCUGCUCUUUUUGUGAGUGGAGAUUAAAAACAAAGCCUGGAAUGUUCUUAAAGGAAGGCCAUGUGGGAUUAUCACCUCCAUCAGUUAUAGAUACACCACUGUGCUUAUCUAGUAUGCGAUACAUGGCAAUACUACUGUGUUGAGGCUUUCUAGGAAAGUUUGACAGUAUUUUUGUAUAUUUUUUAGAAGAAAAUGUUAAUUUAUUAUAUUUUAAUUUGCAAACAUGAAUAAAGCAGCAGAAAUGUAUUACUGAAGUGAA